GUUUCUCCCCCAAGGCUGAGUUUCAGGGUCUUAGGUAGUGGUCCUGAGGCCUGGCAGGAGCAGUAGGGAUUGGCAGCCAACUGGCUGUAGAGGCCGCCCAAGCCCACUGCCACCUACUGGCUUGCAGUUUGCUAGGGUCUUGAAAGACCGCGGCCCCGGGGCGCCCCGCCCAGUCUCCCCUGCAUCCAGGUCCCGGUGUCGCUGCGCCCCGCCCUCCGCGCCGGGUCCGCCCUCCUGGCGCAGCCCAGGGCCCUCCCGGGAGCUAUUUUGAAAGUGACCCUGGGCUCGGGCGCCCAGGGCGCGUGGAGAGGGCGCGGCGGGCGGCGGGAACCAUGACAGAAGAUGACCGAGGCAGCGCUGGUGGAGGGCCAGGUCAAGCUGCGGGACGGCAAGAAGUGGAAGAGUAGGUGGCUGGUGCUGCGCAAGCCAUCGCCGGUGGCAGACUGUCUGCUGAUGCUGGUCUACAAGGACAGGUGUGAACGCUCCAAGGGCCUGCGGGAGCGCAGCAGCCUCACCCUGGAGGACAUCUGUGGCCUGGAGCCUGCCCUGCCCUAUGAGGGCCUGGCCCACACUCUGGCCAUCAUCUGCCUGUCCCAGGCUGUCAUGCUGGGAUUUGACAGCCACGAGGCCAUGUGUGCCUGGGAUACCCGUAUCCGCUAUGCACUGGGCGAGGUACAUAGGUUCCAUGUGACAGUAGCUCCUGGCACCAAACUGGAGAGUGGUCCGGCUACUCUCCACCUCUGCAAUGACAUCCUCGUCCUGGCCAGAGACAUCCCUCCAGCCGUCACGGGGCAGUGGAAGCUGUCUGAUCUCCGGCGUUAUGGGGCCGUGCCGAAUGGGUUCAUCUUCGAAGGCGGGACCAGGUGUGGGUACUGGGCUGGAGUCUUCUUCUUGUCCUCAGAUGAAGGAGAGCAGAUUAGCUUCCUGUUUGACUGCAUUGUCCGGGGCAUCUCACCGACCAAAGGCCCAUUCGGUCUCCGGCCAGUUCUCCCAGACCCGAGUCCUGGGGGACCCUUGGCCUCAGAGGAACGUGUUGCCCAGGAGGCGCUGGAGGCCCUACAGCUAGAGAAGCGGCUCAGCCUGCUCUCACACUCUGGCCGGCCAGGCAGCGGAGGGGAUGAUCGGAGCGUAUCCAGUUCCUCCUCUGAGGCCAGUCACUCAGACAUCAGCGCCAGCAGCCGGCUCACUGCGUGGCCGGAGCAGUCCUCGUCCUCAGCCGGCACAUCCCAGGAAGGGCCAGGAGGGCUGGUGGCCGCCCAGGGCUCAGGAGAAGCCAUGCUGGGAGGCUCCAGGCCACCCCUCAAGCCACUGCGGCCUCGGCAGUUACAGGAAGUCGGCCGCCAGAGCUCCUCUGACAGCGGCAUUGCCACAGGCAGCCAUUCCUCCUACUCUGGCAGCUUCUCAUCCUAUGCGGGCAGCAGCCUGGACGUGUGGCGGGCAGGAGAGGAGUUUGGGUCCCUACUCAGCCUGCCGCCUGGCGCCAGCGCACCUGAACCCAGACUGUGUGCCUGCCCACCGGGGGCGGCCGAGUACCAGGUGCCCACUUCAUUGCGACACCACUAUGACACACCUCGAAGCCUGCGCCAGGGUCCCAGGGACCCAGGCCCAGCUGCUCAGGGCGGCUCUGAGCACAGUUCAGCCACGGACUUGGGUGGUCAGGCAUCCACGGGGUGUCCCUCCAGUUCUAUGGGAGCUCGAAGACGGGGACAGACAACGGAAGGCCCAGGCAGUGAAGCGGCGCUGCCCAGUCCAUCCCCUGGCGAGUCCUGGGAAGCAGGCAGCCCCCACGCAGGGCUGCCUCCAGCUUUCUUUUUGUCAUGUUCAGUCUGUGGCGGACUCAAGGUCAUGGCUACUUCAUCCUCUGGACUCACUGCGACACACCCAGGAUCUCCAGGGCCCACGGCUGCUGACAGCCCAGGGCCAGAGCGAUCACGCAGUGAGACGCCCAUGUAUGUGAACAUCCCCAUCAGCCCCACCUCCAGACUGCAGCUGCAUUACCUGGGCCUGGAGUUCUCAGGGGCCAGCGGAAGUGUGCGAGGGGCCAGCACCUCCCGCUAUGCACAGAUCGACAUCACAGCUACAGAGACAGCGCAUCGUGUGGGGGUCCGGCACGCGCAGACUCGGGAGGAACGUUUGCCAGAGUUGGAGCAGCGGAAGAAAGGGCCCUGAGACUGCAGUUCAGGUUGGGGCUGGCUGGGGCACCUGGCCAGCUGGGCUGCCUGAUGCAGACAGGCAGCGCAGUCCCAUUUGUGGAUGAUGGCCCUUGGGACUGGGGGCCCUGUCUUGUCAGUAACAUGGCUUCCUGCUGUAGCGGAGGCUGUGGUUGGUCUUUGUGUGUCGGAAUGAGUGGUCGAAGGCUCCAGGCCCAUACCAUAGCAGUUCAUUCCAAUGUGUGAAAGCCACGUGGCAGCCCCCUCUCUGCCAUCAGGGCCUCUCGCCUCACUGUUGCCCAAGACUGACCCUUCUUUUGGUCUGAACAAGUUCUCCUAGGCCAUGGGGCUACCAAGGGACCCAUCUCCAGGUGCUGGUAGCCUCGGUGCCUGCCACAACAGCGCAGCUGCUGGUGCCCAGUAGAACCUGGAAAGUUUCCCAGGCUUGGAACGCAAGCUGCGCUACCCAUCCCGGAGGAGGUGACCAUGAUGACAGUGGAGAGCUCUGCACCAGUUCUGUAUGACCGAGGGCCCUGUGACUGGCAACUGCUGAGCCACGGACUGGCUCUGCUCCUUGGGCAUGGCAGCCUCUCCUCCCCACCUCCCUCUCCAGUGUCCCUCCUGAG